GCUUAGGAGGCUGCUCUUUCCGGCCCCGAGCUGCGCGGUGGCGGCUGGCGAGAGCCGGGACCCCCGACGCUGAGCGCGCCCUUGUCCUCCGGGAACUGCGCCCGGCGGGCCCGCGGCUUCCGCCAUGCCACAAAACGAAUAUAUUGAAUUACACCGUAAACGCUAUGGAUAUCGUUUGGAUUACCAUGAGAAAAAAAGAAAGAAAGAAAGCCGAGAGGCUCAUGAACGGUCAAAGAAGGCCAAAAAAAUGAUUGGCCUGAAGGCUAAGCUCUACCACAAACAGCGCCAUGCUGAGAAAAUACAAAUGAAAAAGACCAUCAAGAUGCAUGAAAAGAGAAACACCAAACAAAAGGAUGAUGAGAAGACUCCUCAGGGAGCAGUACCUGCCUAUCUGCUGGACAGAGAAGGGCAGUCCCGAGCAAAAGUGCUGUCCAACAUGAUUAAACAAAAACGGAAAGAGAAAGCGGGAAAGUGGGAAGUCCCUCUUCCCAAAGUUCGUGCCCAGGGAGAAACAGAAGUAUUAAAAGUUAUUCGUACAGGAAAGAGAAAAAAGAAGGCAUGGAAGAGGAUGGUUACUAAAGUCUGCUUUGUUGGAGAUGGCUUUACAAGAAAGCCUCCUAAAUAUGAAAGGUUCAUCAGACCAAUGGGCUUACGUUUCAAGAAGGCCCACGUAACACAUCCUGAACUGAAAGCCACCUUUUGCCUGCCAAUACUUGGUGUGAAAAAGAAUCCCUCAUCUCCACUUUAUACAACUUUGGGUGUCAUUACCAAAGGGACAGUCAUUGAGGUGAACGUGAGUGAGCUGGGCCUAGUGACACAAGGAGGCAAAGUUAUUUGGGGUAAAUAUGCCCAGGUUACCAAUAAUCCUGAAAAUGAUGGAUGUAUAAAUGCGGUCUUACUGGUUUGACAGACAUCUCAUACAAGUAACUCCUUACAAUUUUUGAAGACUACAAACCAAUCAGGAAAACUACCAUCACUGUGUUGUUUUUGAGUGCUAUCAAACAGCCUUACUUAGCUGAAAUUUAAAAAAAAAAAAUAGUUACUAAAUUAUAAAAAAAAUGUAUUAUAAAAAUGGCCUAUUUUUUACAAAUUGGUAUUUUUGGGGGGACUGUUAAGAGUUUACAUGUUAAUAAAUUUGAAUGACUGAAAAAGCAAACAUAUCAGUAUCUUCGUGAAAGUGAGUAUUCAGUGAUGUAAGUCAACUAUUACUCCUGGAAAAACUACCAAGGUAUAGUUGAAAAUACUCAUAGGUGAAUUCACACUUAGAAGUCAAAACUAGGAAAUUCAUUGGUUUUAACCUCAUUGGUUCUUCACUGACCCCCAAAAAAUGUAGCAUUAAAACAUGGCAAUGUUUAAGUGUAUAAAAUAUUUAUACUAAAAUGUCUGAAGGUACACCAACAAGAAAAUCUCAGAACUUUAGAAAUAGCUUAAUACCUGUUGAUUAGUCCUUACAUACAGUUUGUCAGUGAACUAAAAUGUAAUGUUAGCACUUUCUAUAUCCUAAAUAUAGGGUAGUAUACAUACAUACCUUGAGCAUGGUAUUGGUUUAGGUAACUCUAACUUAAUUUAUACUGAUGUCCUGAAGUUUUACUUGCAGUUGCUUAGAUAAAAUGAAAUGGUCAUUUUAAGUGUGCCUUCACAGUACCACCAAGGUGACUGAUAGUCCACUCAGUGUUUAAAACAAAUUCAGUAUCUAAACACAUUUCGUAAGAAAAACUGGGAACAGAAGGGAAAGAAUUUCAAAACAGACCAAAACACAGUAACAAAAUAUAGGUUUAAUUACUUUUAAACUUAAAAAAAAAAAACUACCAAGGAAACAAAACUUCUCCAGUAAGACUUGCUACUCUGAAUAAGACAACUUUUUCUUUUUUGGUAACCUGUAUAAACAUAAAAGUUUAGAACACACAGACACUUGGGAAGCUGACCCAGUAUGGCCACCAUUAGAAGACUGCAUCUUUCUUACAAUUAGAUUUUCAGUUAUCUUGCCUGUAAUCAAAAUGAGUAGUGGGCAGGUUAAGUUCUAAAGAUGAGAGGAAAAAGUUGAUUUCAGGUAAUCACUGGAUACCACAAAAAUGAGCUUUGCUUUUGCUUAUUUUUUUAGAACUCAAGCCAUUGUCUAGUACAAAAGUUUUACCAGUAUGAAAACAAGGGUAACAUUUGUAACAAACCACACCCAUGGACUGGAUCACACCUGAAAUACUAUAGUGCUACUAGUAGACACAAAAAGCAAGAAUUUGCUUCCAAAGUACUGUUCACAGAUGAAUAAUUUUAGUAUAAAUUCUUUAUUUACAUUAAAAUCUGUUUCAGCUUGCUGGUGUGACCAAAUCUUAGAAGGUAAACCCAAAGAAUAAAGCAGAACGUAAGAGCAGAUAUUUAGGUAAAGGCUCAAUGCAAUGCCAUGAUAAACUUUCAAGGUACUUUAUAAUAGUUACAAACCAUUUUAGGUAGUGUUCUGGUAGUCUUUAGAAGUAAACCAUGAAUGACUAAUCAUCUGAUUUGACUACUAUCUAUAUGACUAGAUAGUAAACAAUGACUGUAGAUACUCUUUACCAUCUCUGCACUGAAUGGAAAUACCAUGAAUAUAGACACAUUUUAGGACUGACAUUCUAAGCCAUGCCAUUUGAUUAUAUUUUUUAAAAAUCAUAGUAGAACUCACCUUUAUAAGUUGUAAAAGAGCUUUAUAAUAAGUUCUUAGACAUUUCUGUGAGGUCUAGCAAUUGAAUAAACUGCUAAUAACCAUCUGCCUUAUAUUACACAAGGAAUUAUAUAUGUAUGUACACAAGAAGUGAACUUCCUUCUCUGCAAAGAAGGCUUCUAAAUAAAAUACCAGUUCACAAAGGACUACAUAGAAUGUGACUGGACACACAUUUAGACUGACUGGUUGAAAUUACAUUGCAGUCCUCUGUGAUUCUGAUGGUUUUUCCAAUAAAGUAUCUGGUUAAGUUUA